CCACCAUCCGCAUCUGAGCUUCUUCCUCCUCUCGUCUCCUCCACGGCCAUGGCCAUGCCCUGUCGAGCUCUCUCAUCCUCCCCUAGUUCUUCCUCCCACCUCACAAAGGACAUAUCAAGAUUCCCAUUCUCCACGGCCAUGACGUCUGAUGCUGGGCCAGCCGUAGCCCCGGCCUCGGCGAGUCAACCGUGGCCGUGGCCUUGGCGGUCGUGGCAACGGUGAGCCAGCCGUGGCCAUGGCGCAACGUUGACGAUGCAGCGCACCACUUCCGGCCCUACGAAGGCUGGACCGUCAGGGAGACGAUGAAUCGUUCAGCCGCGAGCCAAGCAGCCCCAUGGCGGAAUCGGAUUUCCGUCUUCGACCGCCAGUGAGGUGUGAAUUUUCCGUUGUCUGUUGGAAAGUUUGCUCGGAUUUCUUGAAGCAACCGCAAUUCUCGCCUUUUGGCUCGUUUCCCCCAAUUCUGUUUGAACAAAUCGACAUGGUCUUACUUGGUUUUCUUUGAAUUGCUCACUUCUGAACAGACUUCGGACCAAUUUUUUUUUUUUGCCUACCCAAACAAGGCAUUCCAUCUCCAUUUGCACGGCGUACAGUGUGUUGUUCCAAUCUGAAACAUUUUGAGCAAGCAAACCAGCAUGGCCUUCCUUUGCGUCUGCACGUUUCUGCUGGACUGAAACUUCCCCCCUACACAUGGCCAUUUGCUCUUCUGUCUUCGAAUAAGUGUCUCUGCUGAUGAAUGGACAAUUGAGCAAAUCAGCAUGUUUUUUUUUUCGAAUUGUUCACUCCCGAACAGCGCAAUCCAUUGCACGACCUACAUUGCGAAAAUCUGGGCUCUGUCACUACGUAACCGAGUGCCAUCUGGGCCUAAGCCCCGUCGACGCACUCCGGCGACUGUGUUUCUCGGCCCAUCGCGCACCGGAGUUUCCAGCUUGGUAAUUCGUUGGCGUAACCGCUCGUCCCUUCUCCCGCCCUCUCUCGCCGCCGAUACAAAGCUAGCCAGCCAAGGCUCCCGUCGCCCAGCAUUUGCAACCUGCCCUCUACCCUUCUGGCCACCGCCUCACCCGCAGCUCUCCUCCUCCCACCGCCGCCCCCUCCUCCCCCGAUCGGCCGGCGUCAUCAUGGACCCGGAGGACAUGGUCGACCUGGACCGGUCCGAGAUCGCGAGCUCUCGCGCCGAUGAGCUCAACCGGCGCGCGCUGCUCUUCGUUCUCGGGUAACGAGGGUUUCAUCGCUUGUUCUUGCUCUCGUCUCCCAAUCUCUCCCCAGGUUCUUUACCUCAUCCAUGUCCCCGUGUCGUGCUACCUCAGGGCCACGGGCGGCGGCACGGUGGGCCGAGUUCUUGCGGCCGCCACGCGCGCCAGGCUGCCUGCCGCCAUACCAGCCACACGGGCUGCCGGAAGUGCCGCGAGAGUGGCGAAGACGCCCCCCGCCACUUCUGCUACCUCGUCGGUUGCUGCGGGAGCAGCCAAGAAGACGUCGCCGACCCCUUCCGCCGCACCCUGGGUGGGUUCUGCUACCUCGUCGGUUGCUGCGGGAGCAGCCAAGAAGACUUCCCCGACCCCUUCCGCCGCACCCCGGGCGGGUUCUGUUACCUCGUCGGUUUCUGCGGGAGCAGCCAAGAAGACUUCCCCGACCCCUUCCGCCGCACCCCGGGCGGGUUCUGCUACCCCGUCGGCUGCUGCGAGAGCAGCGAAGACGAAGACGGGGCCCGACCCUGCCGCUGCACCCCCGGCGGGUUCUGCUACCCCACCGACUAUCCCUUCCAUGGAUCCCGUGAAAGCAGUAAAUGAUGCCAUCUCGAAGGUCGAAACUCCUGUUUUCUUCCCUUCCAGGAUCGCUAACACUUACAAUGAGAUCGUAAAAUUACUACCUCAUGCCGGAUGGCCUGCAUAUCUUUUGGAGAAAUAUUCUGAAAAAGGAUGCUCUGAUGUUUGUCCUUUCACUGGUAAUGGUGAGUUCUCCCCGUUUCCUGUCCAGAGACCAGCAGUGACUGUCCAGAAGCCAGCAGUGGCUGUCCAGGUGCCUGUAGAGGUAGAUGAGAAGCAUCAUGCAGAGGAAGACAAGGGGGAUGCAGAGGUUGGUGAGAAGCAGCCUGCAGAUGGAGAGAAUGCUUGCUUUUUUCAUGAGAUUGGCAAAAAGGCUUCUGAUUUGCUGUACAAGGACUAUACUUCCGGGCUGAAGUUGAUAGCUGACUGUAAAGUGCUUGAUACUGCUGUUCUUCUGUCUGGUGGCUCUGAGCAAAUUGGAAAACCAUCUUUGAGAUUUGAGUUGUCAUCUGAUACAAAGCUUAUCAAACUUACAAUUGAUAAUGUGUUGAGGCCUGGUUUGAAGGGACUCCUGUCUAUUCCUAUCUCCUCCGGGAGCUCAUCAAAGGUUGAUCUUCAUUGUCGCCACCUUGGUGCCUGUAUAACUGGAAGUUCUGAGCUACAGGGAUCGCCAAUAGUUUGCUUAUCUGCCGUGAUUGGCACAAGAAACAUUGCUUUAGGUGCUGACUUUUCGCUCGUCACGAAGUCCCUUAAUGCUUUGGGUGCUGCUGACUCCGUUGAAACCAAGCUCCUGAGAUUUCCCAAGUACACCUGUGGUUUAAUUUUGUCAGAAGGAGACGUGGACGCUUCUUUCACAAUGGAAAAUGCCGACAUUCUCACAGCAACUUACUACAAGAAGCUAGAUGAGACGACCUCCAUUGGUGCCAAGGCGCAACGUGUUCUGUCUUUGAAUGACAACUCUCUUGAAGUUGGCUUUUCUCAUGCCCUGGAUCCGAACACGACUGUGAAGGCGAAGCUUAGCAGUGAUGGAGCAGUGAGCGUCCUGCUCCGAUAUGACCCCAAGCCCAAAUGCUACAUCGCCUUCUCCGCUGAGUCCAAGACCCAAGCCUCUCAGAAGGAAACCAAGUUUGGUUUAUGUGUUGUGCUAGGGGCGUGAGUGCCACCUUCUUUAGUUUAGGUCCUUGAUUUUUGGUAGCAUAUGGUACAGUAUGUGCAGGUGGAUGAAGUCUCAUGCGCUGAUUUCUGGUCUCUUAUGAUGUUGAAUUGCCUGUAAUGUUCAUCGGCUGAAUACUGAAACUCAUCUUGGCGAGGAAAGGUUUUGUCAAUAGAUGUGGAUUGUGUUGCAAGAUGUUUCCAUCCUUUUUCCGCUUUUGCACCAUUUUCAAGUCUAGUGUUUUCCUGAUAAACCUUGAAAUGUUCCACCAUGGUUGUGCAGUUUCACAGUUCCCGUUGUAGAACAGCUUCUCCUGGUAGAUUUCUUUGACGGCAAGAACUUUUGUGCUGUUGUGGUUCAUCGCUAAAGCUUCUUUACGUGUUCAUAUAAAGCUUGGCUGUUGGAACGCUGGUUGUUCAGCAUCAAUUCAAUUCCAUUGCUCCAGCAAUUCUACAAUCAAAAUAAGGUCCUGACAUCAGCUGCAAUAAGGGCUCGUUGUCAUUAUGUUAAUAAAAAGUGGUUCAGUGGUAUGUUAACGAAUUGGUCGAUUACGAAAACUAGACUUUCUCAAUUUAGAGACUUAAAAGCGGAA